AUCAUCAUCAUCAUCAUCAUCUUCAUGAUUAACUUUCGAUAAUAAAGACAAUAUUAAUUUCUCAGUGUGCUGAUUCCAAUUAGCUUAAUGGAUUUAAAUUGUUUGAAAAAAAGUGAUUUAAAAUUGAGCCAAUAUGAAGUAACGGUGAUUUAAUUAAUUGUGAAUUUAAUUUGUAUUGUUCCGUUUUUUUAUCAUCAUUAUUUUUUCUUGAUUAAUUGCUCAAUAUCACGAUUAUCAUCUAAUAAGAAUCAACAUUUAUCUUGAUUGUGAUUUCCAAUUAUUUACUUGGAUUAACUCAAAUUCUGGAUUAGUGAUUUAAUUGUUUGGGUAAAACUUUUUUCCUCAUCACCAAUUGUGCCAAUUAGUUAAUUAGUUAACUAAAUGUGUUUCCAGUAACUUGAUUACCUGUUAAUUUUGUUUAAUCAUAACGUUGAGAUGAAAUUUCAACAAUUUAUCAACUCUAUUUGGUUAAUUAAUUGUUACCUUACAAUACAAUUAACAUUAACAAUCAUACCAACAGUUAACACUUCCAAUAAAUUGUCAUCUAAUAAUCAAGAUAUUGUUCCUCUUCAGGCCUUAAAUGGAACCAAAAGUCGAUUAAAUUGUAAAUACGAUUUGGCCUCGAACGAUUCGGUCACCCUAAUCUUAUGGUAUCGUAAACACGAUGCCACUGGUCCACCUUUUUACACGAUCGAUGCUCGAAACCGUUCAUUGGCCUCCGCUGGACACGUAAUCUCAAGUGAUAAGUAUACUGGUCGAGUUGAAUAUGAUAUCAAUCAAUCACAAUUAAUAAUUAAUCCAACAAUCGAGGAUGAUGGUGGUAAUUAUACUUGUCGAGUUGAUUUUAAAAAUUCACGAACACGUUAUACACUUAAUCGUCUACAAAUUCAAGUGCCACCCAAAAAUCUAGUGAUAGAGGAAAUGAAUUCUGGUAAAAUCUUAUCCGAUAAAGUUGGUCCUUAUAAUGAAAAUUCAACAUUAAUCUUAUCCUGCCGAGCUUAUAAAGGUCAACCUCUUCCAUAUCUCGAAUGGUACAUUGGUGAUGUUCCAAUAAAAUCAAGUGAAUCUCGUUACGAUGAAAUGAAAGAGGAAACUUAUACUCGACUAGAACUCUUUUUGGAACGGAAAUAUGAUAAAAGUCAAAUAAAAUGUGUUGCCAAUUUAAAAGACUUUUUUCCAGUUCUGGUUACAGAGAUAACUAUUCAGCUCAAUUUGGCACCAUUGAACACAUCGAUACACUUUUAUAAGCAAAACUUUCUCGUUGGUGACAUUGAGCUGAUAACAUGUCAAUCAUUUGGAUCCAAGCCCCAGGCCAACCUAACAUGGUUCAUCGAAGACGAGGAAGAUAAUGAUGAUGACAAUGUACCCAGAAUUGGAACAUCAACUUACAAUGAGACCAAUUUACUGACCACUAGUACAAUCAAAUACGAUCCAACUGCAAAGCAUAAUGGUAAAAAUUUAAUCUGUAAAGCAAUUAACUCGGCUUUUCCUGAUCUUUCAAAGCAAGAGUCAAUUUAUCUUAAUGUUCACCAUAAACCUAAUGUUCAUCUGACAAUUUCUGAUGCUGAUCACGAUAAAGAUCAUGUAUUCAGGGAAGGAGAAAUGGUUCGAAUGAUUUGUAAUACAAGUUCUUCCAAUCCUGGAGUAACUGACUACAAAUGGUAUCAAGAAGACAAGAGAAUCUAUUCUGAAUAUUUGAAUGGUGAAACAUUGACAAUUCCCUCUGUUAGUAAGGAUUCAGUGGGAAAAUAUUAUUGUAGCGUACGUAAUACCAUUGAUUCUAGUAGAUCCAAUUCUGUCCAUUUAAAUAUUUUAUAUGCACCACAAUGUAACAGUAAGAAAAUAAUUUAUGCCUUUCGAUCAAAUAUAUCAAUUGAUAUAAAAUGCGAAAUGGAUGCUAAUCCACGAGAAGUGACCUUUACUUGGAUCGAUCGUUCAAGCAAUCAAAUACCGUCCAAUUAUUAUAAUAUCACAUCGAAUGGCCUUACAAGUUAUCUAACAUUCAAUUCAACUUUUAAUACAGAUAAAGUUUUUAUCUGUUCUGCUGAGAAUUCAAUUGGAAAAUCAAAAGAUGUCUGUGUAUUUACACUAACCCCUGCAGCUCCACCCGAUCGUCCUGAUCAUUGUAAGACCACUUCACUGCCCAAUUUGGUAACAAAACUUAGAUGUAAACCAGGUAAAGACAAUGGAGUGGAUCAGAAUUUUAUUGUAAUAAUCCAUCCAGGAGAUAAUCUUUCUGUAAAUAUUGGUGAUAAAAUUGCCAAUGCUAAUCCUGAUUUUGAUCUGAAAGAUUUACAACCCAAUCGUAGCUAUUAUGCUGAAAUUUAUUCUGAGAAUGAACUUGGCCGGAGUGAAUCGUUGAUAAUAUUAUUCGUCACAAAUUCAUCAGAACUAACUUCCAUAAUCUCUGAUAAUUCAGUUGAUUUAAGCUUGAUGUCAAUGAUUGUCUAUCCAGCAGCAAUUGUCUUGACGAUUGUAAUUCUGUUAACAUUUUUCAUCACCAGAAUUCAUGGGAAAACUGCAAGUUAUAAACCAUCUGAAGACGACCCCACGAACAAUCGUUUCAACGAAAGUAAAAGUCCUGACCUGACGCAUUUUCCGGAAGAAAAGCUUAAAAAAGAUGACUCAAUUGGUUCUCAUUCUAAGUUCCCGGAUAGUUCACCAAUAGUUGUUGCUGUAGAUUCUGAAGGCAAUGUGGUAACUAGAGAUAUCGAUGAUAAUGUUGCCGUUUUUGAUAAUAUCACCUCACGAAAUACAAUUCCUUUUAAUCUAGAUGAACAACCUGGACUGAUUACAUCGAAAACUUACCUGAUAACCGAUAAAAAUGCUCGAAAUCGAGAACAUGUUCUAUCACAAGUUUCAUACUCAGCAUCGGCGAAUAAGUUAUCAUCAAUGGUACAAGAUGUAAGCGAUUCAGUGUUACAAACAGUUCUACCAUCAUGAAAAGAGAGAAAGAGAGAGAGAUGAGAAAAAUGUUAACUGUAAUGAAAAGAAGAGUGAAAAUAUCAUCAGAAAAAAAAGUUAAAUGAAACUUGAACAAAAAGAUGACAAUGAAAAAAAACUCAUAAAACUUCAACAAUAAUCAUUCUGAUGAAGAUAACCAACCAUGAUAAUAUCAUCAUGAGCGAGUGAAUGUCCAAUCAUUGAGAUAGAAAUGAAACAAAAUGAUAGAAUGAGAAAAAAAAGAUACAAAGAAUUACCUGAAUAAUAGAUAUCACCAUGUUCGUUGAGUUCUUCACCUUGAGUAACUUUCACGUUUCGAAUGUUUUUUUUCUCACUUUACCUGUUACAUUAUUUUAAUCGAUAUGUUGUUACCUUUGGAUUUUUAAUUUACCUUCAAUUUCACGAAAAUCGUCCAACUUACUAACAUGAAGCUCGAGAAAAGUUCAUCUCGAUUUCUAGAUGAAUAUCAAGUUAUCAUCAAGAACAUUUCGUCUUUUUUUUGUUUUGAAAUUUUCUCCAAGUUGAUGAUUGUUUACUUUUCUUAUUUGAUUUUUUUUUCUUUUUGUUUUUUUUUCAUGGUUUUCAUUAUGUUCCAAUAGAUUCCAAGUUCCUAUUCAACUCCAGUUUGAUUAAUUUGUCUCUUAUUUCCUACGAUAACUGUGAGCGAAAUGAAACUUAUCACAAUUAACUAAUCAUCUUACAUGAUAAUAAUGUUGAUUGUGUGUCCGAAUGAAAGAGACGAUCAAAAUUGAUACUAAAAUUGUGACGAAAAUAUGAUUUUCAUUUUUUUAAACUGUUUCAUUUGUCUUACCAAUUAACUAUUAUGUUUUCCAAUCAUAACAAAUUAUUCUGGAAAUUUAUCAACAAUCAACAAUCAACAAUCAACAAUCAACUAAUCAUCAUCACCUUCAUCAUCAACCCUUUUACCUCUUUGUGCCUUUAACCUUUUAUCAUAUCUAUUGAAAUCUGAUAUAUAUAUAUAUAUUUAAAUUCAUAUUUUGUAUCUUAAUGUUUAUGAUUAAUGAAUAAAAAAAACUUGUAACAAUCAACGAUACAAUUAAAAUGA